GAAAAUUUGAAAUACGAUCCGAAGCGUCACGGAGAUGGGGACGGAUCUGCCGCUCCACGUGGACGGCGACGAGCUUCUGGAUGCAGGGUCCCCCACAGGAACUCUACGAUGGACACCUCUUCAGUACGCUUCUGCAGCUGGGGACAUGGCAAUGGCGACGGCCUUGCUCCAGAGAGACAAUACCAUUGUCCACCAAGUUGGUCAAACACAGACAAAGUACACAUCCCUCCAUAUCGCUGUUCAAGGUGGACACAAGGACCUGGUGAAGCUGCUUCUCGACAACGGAGCCAUCGUCGACGCCGCAGACACCCGUGGCUUCACCCCUCUCCACAUCGCUGCCACGAUGGGCCUCCAAGAUAUGGUAGCACUCUUGCUCGAGCGAAAUGCCGCACAACUGCCGUCCAAGGCGGGUACACUCCCCAUCGAAUGCGCCUACGCAAGAGGGUUCCACGAGAUUGUGGCGCUGCUUGGUCCAUCGACGCCGUCAUCGACUCCACCGGCGGACACGGGAGUCCGCGCGUGGCUUUCGUUCAUUGGGUUGGGCCAAUACGCCCAUGCAUUUGAACAGGGAGGAUUCGACGAUCUCCACUUUAUCCACCAGAUCGGGCUGACGACGGAAGAUGUCGUGGGUUUGGGAGUUGUCAAGCGCGGCCACCAGCUCAAGCUCAAACGGUUGUAUCAAAUCGAACGGUUCAUCGCACACGACGACUCGGAUACCCACAGCAGCCCCAGCGACGAAAGCAGCGACGACAGCAGCGACGACGAGGACGGACCGGCGUAGCGUGCCAGCGCCUCCAGCGUUGCGAACAGAGCUGGGAACGAUGGUGGCCAUGGUGGCCGCGAUUUCUUGACCAUCACAUCGAAAUGUUGUUUCGCAUUGACGCUGACAUGACCGGCCGCUGGACCUCGUUCUUGUUCCAUGACGAAAACAGCUUGUCUGCCCGAG